CUGAUGAAGGCGUCGAAGCUGGCCCGGCGGAAAGGGAACAACAACCUGGCGUGGUGGGCGGCCGGGACGAUGGCGGCGAUGGGGGCCUCCUCGCUGAUCAUGCUGACCGGGAAGGCGCUGAUGCUGUCCAUCCUGUCGUUGAUCCUGUCCGCGGGGAGCGCUUGGCGGCAGUUCGGCCUCGGCGGGAUCGGCGGUCGACUGACCAACUGCGGAGGUGCUUUGAUUGAUGUUAAUGGCCGCCACGACGUCCUGGGGGGCCGCAAGAACCUCAUGGACGAGGAUCAGAUUUUGAAUGCGUACAGAGCCCAAGUUAAAGUUCCCCCAGACAUAGACGAUGAAGAAAAAAUGCGGCUUCUCGCGAUAUUAACGGACUUACUAGCACCGCCGCGAAAGUGGGCGAGACCGCAGUAUCUACCAAUCAAAAGGGAUCCUGCAACUGAUUACUAUUAUUUGAACUGAAUUAGUUUAGCUUAGGAUAUUAGAUCUCUGCGUAAGAGCUGAAACCACUAUUUAGACAUUAGAAAUGACACAAAAUCAGGUUUCAAUGUUAUGUGGACGUAUUUCUGCUGAAGGGAACCAUGGAAAAGUGGAAAAGAUGGGGUGUGCUCUAAAAAGCUUGAUAAGACAAAGUGUAAAUUGGGCGUGAUUUUCUUUAAGGAAAUGGAAAAGCGGGAUUUUACAUUCUACUAAACGGAACUAAGCGCCAAGUGUGGGCGGCACUUAUGAGCCAUGGAAAUGUGACAAGGACGUUGCGAACAGGGCUCAUGAGUUAAUGCAUUACCGGAUCGGCGCGCGUACGCUCCGUCGUUGCCACUGACGUCACUGGCGCUCUAUAAUUCCCAUUCUUUCUUACGACCCUCGACUAACGAGCACAUCCCUUUUUUCCCACCUGUCUCUGGUUCCGUUUAGCAGAAAUACCCUCAUAUAUGAUGUAAUGUAAGGUAAUAAUACCCUCAGCUCCUGCAAUUAAAAUAUAUAUUCUCUUUUUAAGAAAUUCAUAAAUGUUUUAGAAGUAAGUUCAAAGUCGAGCAGGAUAGUUUGGUAACUUUCCACCGGGCAUUUAGCACGAGAAAGGCCUCAUUAAGCCACUCAUUUCAAUAUUCAUAUUUGAUAACUAAAAAGAGAGAAAAAUUCUGGAAUCUGGUUAAACGCAUCUUGCAAAAUCUAUUAGUAUCGUUUUUUUCAUUCAUGAAAAUGAAACAAAAAACGUAUAGAGAGAUGUUAGUUUACGACCGUAAAAAGAUACUAUCUUGUCAAAAACCAUUUGAGCAUACAGAUAAUCUCUUCAAAAGUAUUCAGUGAAAUGAUAUAAGCAAGUAUGAUGUUUUUCGUCAACUUAGUCUGCGUGAAUAUAGUUUUUCCGAAAUCGCGAGGCAGUCUAUAUUCUAAUAUUUCGUAUUUCUUUAGUAUUUCAUAUUAUCAAUUACCUAGUCAAAGGCAGCCCAAUCUCAAAACAAAGCUGUAGUUUAAAAAUACAAUCUCUGAAAUACAUUAAAAUUAGGUAAUUCCUUUAAAUACCUUUCAUAAUUAUCUUGCAUUUCUAAUCCCAACAGCCCCCUUACCAUCAUCCGAAGGAGAUAGACUGAUUACGUGCUAGGUCAGGUAUCAAAAAUUCGAUUGACGCAUGUUACUUUUCAUUGAUAGCAUUGCGGAAUAGUAUGUCAGUCUUCAUUUGUGAUUCGAUGUCGCUGAGAGCUGUUAAAAUUAUUAUAAUCUAUUAACUGUAUAUUGACAUGAGCUUCACUUCUUUCAUUGCUGCCUACGGUGAUAGCUCGAUUCCCGUGAAAAAAUUGAUGAAAAUUAUUCAGAAAUAGAGUGACACCGAGACGUCUGUUUCCAUCGAUGUUUGCAACCCUUCAUAAAUGGUACCAAUUAAAUGGCUCGCACAAUGCGACGCAAAUCUUGACACUAUCAUCACCAAAGAGUCAUUAUUUAUUAUGUUGAUUCCAUGUUCGUGAUUUCGUGAAGUCAUCCAGCAAAUAAAUUAUACGAUUAAGUACACUAAAAAAGUCUGGCAAAUCCACAAAAAGUCCACUUGAUUUUUAACACAGUACUGUUAGAUGAUAAUAACCCGCCUUCUGGCAACAUUUAUAAUUGUAGCUCCUUGGAAGACUAAGAGAAAUCGUUUGAUCUUGCUUUUCAUUGGUUGUUUUUAAUCAAAGUAAUUUAAGGUGAUAUAAAAUAUUUGAAAUUUGUUUUCUGAUGACUUUUUAACUCGUAAAUGAUAGCAGAAAUUUUUUACUUGAACAUGGUGAUGCCAAUCACCGUAACACCAGUUAUGAAUGUAGGGAUUUGAUUGUGAAACCACAAU